AUGUCUCGUCACUACUCACGACAAGAAAAGGAAAAGUGGGUGGAGGAGCCUAGGCCACCCCCAAAAAGACCUCCGGUUCGCAUACCGGAGAGCAAUAACGAGAGUCUUAUAGCUGCUAAUCGCCUCACCAUUAUAGGAAGGGUUACGAACCCUCAAGUCCAACGACCACGUGCUGUGGUGGACUUCUUACCCCAAGUCUGGCACCUUGAAGGAAGGGUGAACGGUCGAGAUCUGGGAGCUGACAAAUUUCAGUUCAAGUUCGAAACUGAAGAAGAACUGGCCACUAUCCUUCACAACGGACCAUAUCACUACAAGAAAUGGAUGCUCCUCAUUCAGAGAUGGGAGCCGGUGGUCUCAGACCAGUUCCCUUCGACUAUAAGCUUUUGGGUCAAUAUAAUUGGCAUUCCACUCCAUUUCUGGAACGAUAAGACAGUGGAUACAAUUGAGGACGCCUUGGGAAACUAUCCAGUGCGUGAUAUUGAGGGAGCUAGGCUCAGAAUGGAUGCUAAUGGUCUGCUCCCACUGGAAAUGACCUUGGAUAUCGAACUACCCUCAGGGGAUGUUACCGAAGUUGAGCUGGAAUAUUUGAAGCUGGAGAAGCAUUGCUUUCAGUGCUAUUCUCUACUCCAUGAAAAAGAUGAUUGCCCUUUGUUGGUAAGAGGGGCACAACGUAUGCUACCUCGGAAGAUGGGCAUCAACCAACGUAAUGCCUUGAUGAGGAUUGAGGCUAAUAAAAGAUGCCACGAUGAGAGGUGUGGGUACUCGAGGAUCGCGGACACUCGUAGGUCUGUCGUUUCAGAUCAACAUCGUAGAGCUCCUUCCGCCUACGAAGGACGCAGAACAGAGCCUGAUAGAGCUCGAUCUAGGGUCUCUCACUCCCAUGGUGGAUCAAGAGGAUAUCACUCAGAUCGUAGAACCCGUGAAUACUCAGACCGCAGAGCUCACGAACACCCAGACCAGUCUAGAGAUCGCUCGGAGUAUGUUUACAGACCCCGAGAGAUAACUUCUGCAGGACGUAAAGAUACCGACGUGUCUGGAUCGUUGGGAAGGAACCUGGGCACUAGACUUUCGGGACUGGAGAACGCUGCCAACCAAGUAGCACCUAACGGGUCUCAAGCAUCCCAUACCCCGCCACGACCAGUGGAGCAACCUCAAGACACUACAGCAAACAGUGGCAGCUCUAAGGAAAGGCGAUCAGCCCUUGAACGUAUCUCGGAGCCCAGGCCUCCUGCGUUAGCUCGACUUGGCGUUACCUCAAGUAAUGAUUCAGUACGACUUCAAGAUGUCGAAAUAGAGUUUCUAGGGGACGAAGAUCAGGAGAUCUUAACCCGCCGCCUCUCCCAAACUUCUACUGGAUUUGAAAUGAUCCAAAUUGCUCAGAAUGUCCCUGCGAUAACGGGCGGAGUACCUACUGCUCAGAGCGAGGAAAGCCCUGAAGACUUAGCUCCUAACAGAAUCCACCCUUCUCUACGGCUUGGAGCUCGAGUGGCCUCCCCAGGUGGGGGAAAAAGGAAGGCUCCAGCGAGUUCGACUGCAGCAAAAGCAACAGGGAAGCGAAAGGUCACCAAGCCACCAGCGCCAAAGAGGAUUCCACGUAGCCCUUGUCAUGGGGUUAGCCUGAGAAAAGUGAAUGUGGCUCGUUCUUUAAACCCACCACGCAAGAAACUAUGUCUGGAUAAGGCGCAGGCGGGACCUAGCAAGACUACUAUGCAGACAAGAAGUUCCAAUACGGUGCAGAUACCGGCAAAUAGGAGAAAGGAGGGGGAUUUUCAAUCCCCUCUUCCUCCGCUUCCUUAG